AUGUCGGAUUCGGAAGAGGGCAGCGAGAAGCAGCAACGCAAGGAGCAAGAUCAAUUGAAGGCAAAAUUGCAUCAAGAGCAAAUGCAGUUAGCUGAGUGGCAGAGGCAGUUGCAACAGCAGCAGAGUGUAAUCCAGCAGCAAGUGCAGAAAGGACAAUUAAUUUUGCCUGGGAAACAGGCUAAUCCUGAAGAACAGGCGAGAUUUGUGAAAGGUAAAGGUACAAGGGAACAAAUCCUCAAUGUAUGUCAGAUUAUUGAGAAGAGCCGUGAAUUCAACAAACCGGUCGUGCUAUGUUUCGUCGACUACGCAAAAGUAUUUGACUGUGUGAGUUGGGAGAAGCUGUGGAAGGUCCUAAAAGAAAUGGGAGUACCGGAACACCUAAUCAGUCUUAUCCGCAAUCUAUAUCUGGACAACGGAGCCUACGUGAAGAUCGAUUCCCGGUGCUCCAAUGUCUUCAAGACAAGAAGAGGAGUACGACAAGGAUGUAUUCUGUCUCCUAUGCUCUUCAACAGUUACGGAGAAUACAUCAUCCGAAAAACAAUUGAGGACUGGGAAGGGGGGUUCGUUGUCGGCGGAAGAAAAAUAACCAAUCUGAGAUACGCAGAUGACACAGUGCUGCUCGCCACAUCCAUGGAUGAAAUGGAAGAGCUGCUGCGGAAACUUGUGACCGAGAGUGAAGAAUUGGGUCUCGCUGUUAACAAGAGCAAGACAAAGCUCAUAGUAAUAAACCGAGCCAACAAACUCGCCAACAUCAACGUUAUACAAGAUAUAGACACCGUAGACGGACUCAUCUACCUGAGGUCUUAUAUCGACAAAAAUGGAGAUAGCGCGCCCGAAAUAAAAAGGAGAAUUAACAUCGCAAGGGAUGCAAUGGCUCGCCUGGUCAACAUAUGGAACCGGGGAAUCACGAUUAAGACCAAGAUCCGUUUUGUCCGAGCACUAGUAUUUCCAAUCUUCAUGUAUGGAGUAGAGACAUGGACUAUCCGAGAAAGAGAACGGCAGAGGAUUGACGCAUUCGAAAUGUGGUGCUGGAGGCGAAUGCUGCGGGUGCUGUGGACGGCCAAACGUACAAACAUAUCCAUCCUCAAAGAAGUUGGAAUAAAAGAACGAUUGUCCGUUACAUGUCGGAAGAGAAUACUAUACUUCGGCCAUGUAGUCAGACGAGGUGACGAAAACCUCGAGAAACUAGUCCUCACUGGCAGUGUAGAGAGCAAGAGGCCACGAGGUCGAUCCCCCAGCAGAUGGGCCGACCAAAUAAAAGAGGAUGGAAAUCUGGAUGAUAAAAUUAAAGAUAAGUUUGUCACAGGUUUAGCAAAAAGCAAGAUUUUGAAUAGAAUAUGUGAGGAAAAGCAUACAGCUACGCUACAAGCUAUUUUGGAAGUAGCUAGAAAGAAAGAAGCGGCGUUAGCUACAUCGUCUAAAGCUAGCACGGUGGAUGUUCACAGUUUGAAGCAAGGAAAGGUUUUAAGUCGAUUCAGAAAGGAGCAUUUCAAAGAAGGUCAUUUGCCCAAAAUUUGUAAAAAUAAUAAGAGUGCAGUGUCUCACACAAAUUAUUUAGAGUCAAAAUCAGAAGUAGAGGAUAUUAAAAUUGUUGACAUGUAUAAUUUAAGUAAUUCUGUAGUAGAUGAAGAACCCUUGAUGAUUAGAGUUGAGGUCAAAAAUCAGUCCAUGAAUAUGGAAUUGGAUACUGGUGCGGGUAAAUCGAAGGACAGAUUGCAGUUAGAAUUAGAUGUCAAGAAAGCUCAGUAA